AUGGGGGAGCAGAAAGUGAGCAGACAGUUCAAGCAAUGUCACAGGACAACAUCCUGGGCAAAGUCAAAACUCUUCAGUCGACUAAGCAGUAUGUUCCUGCGACAGUUGGGCAAGAACAUCAAGUUUGGGCAGCCACCACCCACCGCCAUUCCCAUGAAGAAGGCAGACAGUGGCGAGGCCCGCUUAGAAGAGGAUCCAUUCCUGACCAGUCCCAUGGAAACUGUGACUCAGCAGGACAGCAUCCUCUCUGACCCCGAGAACAAAACCAGUGAGACGUCAAGUUCUCCGAGUCCUCUGAACCUGCCUGGAGCCAGAAGUGAGAUGGAAGAGAAGGUUGCUCCAGUAAAACCGUCUCGGCCAAAAAGGCACUUCUCUUCUGCUGGCACCAUCGAAAGUGUCAACCUAGAUGCCAUCCCCCUGGCCAUCGCUCGCCUGGACAACAGUGCCGCCAAGCACAAACUGUCCGUUAAGCCAAAAAACCAGAGGGUGUCAAAGAAGCACAGGCGACUUGUUGGGGAUCGACAGAACGAGCAUGGUGUCCUUCGACGUCAGCUGUCCCUGGACCAGAACGGACACCCCGGAGAAGAAAAGCCCAUUUGGCAUGAAGAGGAGCCAGACCUGCUGGACUCGGAGGAAGAGAGGCGACGCCAAGAAGAAUACUGGCGAGAGCUUGAGGCCAAGUGCAAACGGCAGAAAGCCGAAGCUGCGGAGAGGCGACGCCUGGAAGAACAGAGACUCCAGGCCCUGGAGAGGAGGCUGUGGGAGGAGAACCGUCGGCAAGAGCUCCUGGAGGAGGAAGGGGAGGGAGAGGAGGAGGAGGAGGAGAGGGAUGUCCAGGAGGAGGUAGAAAAAAGACAGCGUGAAGCGGAGAGGCCGAGCCUGGAAGAGCCGGGCUGCCGAGGCCCAGAGCGGAGGGAGCAGGAGGAAGGAGGGCGUGCGGAGGCCGGGGAGCCAAGGCGUCCGGAGGAAGAGGUGCAUCAGGAGGAGUCGGUGGCACUGAGCCUGGGGGAGGCCCCGAGGCAGUCGCUGGAAGAGGAGGAAAGAGAAUUGAAGGAACUCAGAAGACUGGAGGAGCAGAGACAGCAGGAGGCCGAGAAGCAGCGGCUGGAAGAGGAGAAGAGGCGGCGGGAGGAGGAGGAGCAAAGGCGGUGGGAGGAGGAGGAGCAGAGGCGGCGGGAGGAGGAGGAGCAGAGGCGGCUGGAGGCAGAGGAAAAACGAAUGGAGGAGCUCAGAAGGCAGGAAGAACUGGAGCUGCAGAGGCGGCGGGAGGAGGAGGAGGCGGCGAAGAGGAGGGAAGAGCUGAGGAAGUGGGAGGACACUGAGGCAAAGAGGAGGCAGGAAGCGGAAAAGAAGCUUCGGGAAGCACCGAGAGAGGAAGAGGAGCAUCCGCCGCAGCUGGACCACAAAAGGGGCUUGAGGAGCCCAUUUCAGAGCGACUUUGCAGAGAAGCUAGAAGAACACGAACACCUGAAACUCAAGAAGCCAGAAGAAAACCCUGAGGAACCAAGUAUUUGCGAGAAGCAGAGCCCAGUGGCCGCCGAGCCAUCUGGGGAGCAGCAGGGAAAGCAGAGCGAUGUUCCCGGGGAUGAUCGUUGCGGACAUCAGGAAAAGAAAGAAACCAACGCACAGCCUCCACAGAAACAAGAGGCACGCGUGGAAGAGACGCUGGCACCACGGGAGAAGAAAGAAGCUUCUGCUCCAGAAACAGACAGAAAGGUGGAGGAACUCAGAUGGCAGGAAGUGGAUGAGAGGCAGACCAUGCCCAGACCCUACACUUUCCAGGUGUCGUCAGGAGGGAAGCAAAUUCUCUUCCCCAAAGUCAAUCUGAGCCCGGUGACGCCGAUGAAAGAUGUGGGACUCGCCUCCACUCCCCAAGAGCCAAAAGCGCCCAAAGCCAGCCCGGCGUCCCAUGCCCUGGCCUCCUCCCUGAGCAUACCCCACACGGCCAUUCUGGUCACGGGAGCACAGCUCUGUGGGCCAGCGGUCAACCUGAGCCAGAUCAAGGACACAGCUUGCAAGUCUCUCCUGGGCUUGUCAGAAGAAAAGAAGCACAUGGAUGUCCCCGCUCUGGAGAACCCACCUCGAGCCCCCGGCGACCCCCGGGCAGGUGGUGGGAAGGCCAGGUCCCCGCAGGAAUCUCCGAGCAGUGUGGCCGCACUUGCUGAAUGGGCUUCCAUUCGGUCCAGAAUCCUGAAGAACGCAGAGGGUGAUCAGCGCAGCGAGAGAGGCCAGGCCCGGCCCGGUGAUGAGCACCUUCCCAGGGGCCGAUGUGAUUCCCGCGGGAACCUCCGGAGGACCCCGCCGGUAAACGCGAAGUUCUCCAUUAAGCCUGCCUGGCAGAAAUUCCCAGAUGUGGGCGCAGAGGCCUCCAAACAGAACACAGAAGCGGAAAGCAUUAGAAAAAGAUUGGUGCCGGGACCCAGCGAAGAGGCAGCGCCUCAGCCCCCUGCUGCUGACACUCAUGAGGCCCUGAAGCCUGCAGGGAAACCGGGGGCGCGCCAGGAGCCAACGGACACCACAGAGGGGUACAAAUUUGCCAAAGACCUUCCCUCUUUCCUUGUUCCAAGCCUUCCUUACCCUCUGCAGAAAGUAGUGGCCCAGGCAGAGCCCGUGACCAUUUCGGACAGUGAGACCAUAGGUGGUGUAGGAAAGCCAGACCCCGUGAUGCCAGGUGGAGAGGAAAAAGCCUCCCCUUUUGGAAUAAAAUUGAGAAGGACCAACUACUCCUUGCGCUUCCACUGUGACCAGCAGACAGAACAAAAAAAGAAGAAAAGGCACAGCAGCACGGGGGACAAUAUCGAUGGGGCGCCCCCGGCCCCGGGGGGCACAAAUGAAGAGAAGGAGAGGGAGGCUGCGGCCCUCAGGCAUGGCCCGUCCUUCCCCCCGGAGAGGAAGCAAGCCCCAUCCACCUGGAAGGACCUCACUGAAAGCCCUUACAGCCAUUCCCCUCCUGCAGGCCAGCCCCGGCCCCCACCAGGCAGCAGCCAGCCCCCAGCUCCAGAGCAUGACAAGGCAGCGAACAGAAUGCCCUUGGCCCAGAAGCCAGCCCUGGCUCCAAAGCCCACAGGUCAGACCCCACCGUCCUCCCCGCUCUCCAAAGUAAGCCGGCCCUACUUGGUAGAGCUGCUGGCUCGCCAGGUCGGGAAGCCAGACCCAGAGCCCAAUGAGCCGUGCAAGGAGGGCCAGGACAGCCGUGACCCCCGGCCAUUGUCACCCCCACCCCCUGAGGAGAGGAAGCGACAGAAGUGGGAUGAGGAGGAAGAGAUGGAAACAGAGAGGAGACCAGCUUCCCUGGCUCCUACUGCAGCCCGGCAAGAGAAGCCUUCUCUGACCCCUGAAGCCGGGAGGAAAGAAAAGCCAGUGCUUCAGAGCAGACACUCUCUAGAUGGCUCCAAACUUGUGGAGAAAGUUGAAACCCCGCAGCCACUGUGGAUAACGUUGGCGCUGCAAAAGCAGAAAGGAUUUCGGGAGCAGCAAGCGACUCGAGAGGAGAGGAAGCAAGCCAGGGAGGCCAAACAGGCAGAAAAGCUCUCCAAAGAAAACGUCAGUGGCAGCCCGCAGCCGGGAAGCAGCAGUGUCAGCAGAGGCAGUUCCCUGCACAAGUCCACCGCUCAGCCAGAAGAAAAGAAGCCGGAGACAGCAGUGUCCAGGCUUGAGCGCAGAGAACAGCUGAAAAAGGCCAACACUCUCCCUACAUCUGUGACAGUGGAGAUCUCCGAUUCGGCUCCCCCAGCGCCCCUGGUGAAGGAAGUCACAAAGAGGUUCUCUACGCCAGACGCUGCGCCCUUGUCAACAGAACCAGCCUGGCUGGCUUUGGCCAAGAGGAAAGCCAAGGCCUGGAGCGACUGUCCACAGAUUAUUAAGUAAAGAAUGACUCAUCCAUUUCCUUUGCCAGUUACUGGCUCUUCUCUUGCCCUUUUUAUUUAUUUAUUUUUUAUAUGAGGUAAAGAAACCAAGCUAGGGAAAAGCAGCAUGUUUUAUAGGCUCUAAAAUAAUGUUUAGAAACUGAACUGGUGGUGUUCCUUGUAAAAAGUGUAUUUGCACAACCCUAGGUCCUGGUGCCUUGAGCUCCUCCUAGUUCUGAAGAGAAAAAUUCCGUCCAAGGGACCACACGAAGCAAAGUCUCCAGACUAAGAAUUCCUCACAAGAGCCUGCCGUACCCAUUCUGUGGCCCUUCUACACAUGCACACCCACACACCGUUCAGAACGGGUGCUUAUGCCAAUCUCUGUACUGGUUUUUAAUUCUUUACUCCAGUUUCUUUUAUCCAAACCAUUUACCAUAUCUUUGGGGAUUCCUACCUUUUUCCAGUAAUAGUGAAAGGGUCAUAUACAGAAAGAAACAAGAAUGCCCAUUCUCCUGACUGCAGUAAGCAACUGGAAACUGCAAGUACAAGUCUGGCUCCUGGCUCUGUGCCCAUGUCCGCUUUUCAUGACUUGUCCGCAGCCAGACUCUGUGACAUAGAGAGUGAGUCCACCACACGUCUACCCCUCUGCUGAGCUGCAGGCCUUGUUAGACCAGAACUCUCCUUAAGGACAUGUUAACCAUGUGGCCCAGCUGGCUCCUAGGGAAUAUUUUUAUUUCAAGUGAUUAAAAUAAAAAUAAAAAUAAAAGGAAGCUACAAAUUCUGUCUCUAGCACCCCCAUCUAGUGUAGUUGUUCUUAAGAUGUCCAGGCUCCAUCCCAGACUUACUCAAUCAGAGAUCCUGUGAGGAUGGGACCAGAUGUAUAUACUCUGGCAGAAACUAUUCAGAUAAAUUCUGACAUAUCAGAAAGUUUGAGAACCUUAGGAUACACUGCUUCUAGUGUAAUCUAGUUUUUAAAACUCCGAAGGGGAGGCUCACUUCAUCCAAAUCAGCAAAGAUGAGAAGGAAAAAUAAUAAAACAACCCCCCCAAACCAGCCAUUUAUUAUAAGGCACAAGAAGCUAUUGACAUUACCUGUCUCUGAAAAUUCUGUAGGUCUUUAGGGAAAGUUAACAGUAAGAUAAGAUUUGAAACCUUUGUACUAAGGAUUUCCUGUGGGAAGUUUCUUUACCACAGUCAAGUAACUCAUAUUUAAAGUCAAAUGUUCAAUAACAUUUAUAAUGUAGAGCAUUCACCUUGCUACCUUUAAAAACAUCUGAGUUUUAAGUGGCCUUGUUUUAUACACAUGUGCUACAAAGAAGGGACUUGGCAACUUGAAAGCCACAUAUAUUCACUUCUAUGUUCCCUAAAUUUGCUUUACAUGAAACACAUAUAGCAGACUCACAUGUUGUUAGUAGUAACUUACAUUUCAUGGUGUUGGGCAUCUUCCCCUUUUCUUAGAUUCUGACUUCAAAAUCUAAGUACAAAUCCUCUGCCUAGUACAAGGGAAGGAAUUACAUCCUUUUGUCCUCUCCUACAAAAAUACAUUUUAUUAGUAUCAUUUUCCUUUAUGCUUAUUCAAUAGAGUGUGCUGUUAUUCUACUAUUUAAAGGAUGACAGCAGUUAUUUACAGAAGGCAUUUUCUUUCUGGAAACGAUGGCUCAGCCUCCUGGUAGCAGCUGGCACGUGUGGUGAAGCGGACAGUUGUACUUUUUGCAAGGUGGAGUUAAUACUAUAUAUAGUGGUCCUUCAGACUGUUAAGACUCAAUGGAACUUUAAUUUUUUAUGGCUAUGAGAAGCAAUUAAUAUUCCACUGCACGUUUUCCACACUCAUGUUCAUUUCUAAACCAGAUAUAUAGGCAUUUGUUAGUUUCAAUGAUUUCUUCACUAACACUUUUAAUAAAUAGGAAUCUUUCCACUUAGAGCCCUGGAAAUACAGUGCUACAUUAAUUAUUCUGAAUGGACUUUUUCUUUCAUCCUGUCAGCUCUGACUAGUAUCACAGUAAUGGUAGAAAACAGGCGAAGAAAUCAGAUCACUAACAAAGAGUGGUACACAAGUUAACUGUACUGGCUUACCUACCACUGAGCCCAUACAAGGAGAAAUACCUCAGUU